UAAAGAUUUUUCAGAUGUAAAUUGUCACGUUAGGAAGGAAAUUGUUGUUCAAUAUCGUCCAAUAAAACAUAUUAAUUGACGGAUCAUUUUAAUCGAUUGCAAUUAACCUUAGUUUGGAUAACUGAACAAAACUCCGUUGCAAUAAAUGUGAGCCAAAAUGUCAAAAUCCGACGAAGAAAAUGCAAGCGGUGAAUCGACUUCGGCAAAUGAACAAAUAAGUGAAAAACGUAUUGGAUGCGCCCACUAUAAACGAAGAGCUAAGUUUGUGACACCAUGCUGCAACAAAUUCUACAUGUGUCGUUACUGCCACGAUGAGAAUGAAGAGCACUACUUCAACAGGAAGUCGGUCACAGAACUCAUCUGCACAGAAUGCGACACGCGGCAGAAGGUGCAGGCGGAGUGUGAGAACUGUGGCGUUAGAUUUGGAAAGUACACAUGCCUGAUCUGCAACUUGUUCGACGAUGAGGACAAGAAGCAGUACCACUGCGAGGGUUGCGGCAUAUGCCGCGUGGGUGGACGGGACAGGUUCUUUCACUGCGAGCGAUGCAACAUGUGCCUGCCCGUGCAGCUGCAGCGGGUUGGACAUCGGUGCGUGGAGAACGUGUCGCGCGCGAACUGCCCCGUGUGCCUGGAGGACAUACACACGUCGCGCAUCCCGUGCCACAUCCCCGACUGCGGCCACCUGCUGCACCGGCCGUGCUUCGAGCAGAUGCUCAAGUCGGGCCACUACGCGUGCCCCACGUGCCAGACGAGCAUGAUCGAUAUGACCAAUCUAUGGAAGUAUCUGGAUUCCGAAGUGGCCGCGACGCCCAUGCCCCCAGAGUACGCUGACUACAAAACCACCAUUCUGUGCAAAGAUUGUCACAAGCUGUCAACGGUGAAGUUCCACGUGGUGGGUCUGAAGUGCCAACAUUGCGGCGCUUACAACACGUGCCAGACGAACGGAUUUCAUAAUCUCGAUUCCAGAGAUUCCGGCGAAGAGCAGGGCGAUUCGUCCACGUCGACGUCCACAUCAACGUCCACGUCGACGUCGACGUCGUCCUCCCGCAGCGCGUCCACGUCGACGUUCGGCCGCGACGAGUUGCCGCGCGCCAGCCCGCUCGACGAGCCGCCGCAAGCCUGACCUCCGUCUAGAAGCCCUAGCCCGCAGGAUCCCGCGGAAUAGGGCGUUUGUGAACUCGAGAAUUAUUAAGUGUUGAACAGAGAAAGAGAAUAAAUAAAUAAACAAAUUAAAUUUAAUUCGUGUAAAUUUACUGUUACAUGUAUCAAAAUAGUGAACAAAUAAACAAAUCAAAAUGUAAUUUGUGUACAUAUUGCAUAAAAUUAUAUAUGAAAAUCAAAAUGGUGACGUUUAUUUAUUUAAAGCCGCCACUAACGACUGUGACGUACCGUCGAAAGAACUGUCAAAUAUGUCAAAUUCAUCAAAAUAAAAGAAACAGUUUAAAAAUUAAUUUCCUUAUUGUAAACCAUAAAUUAAUACAAUUUUAAAACGAACAAAAGCUAACCUAAAAUGUACAGAGGGCGGUGUCGUCCCUAAAAGGGAAUUCCCACAGACGAGAAUUAAAAUUUUUGUCCUCUGAGUUAACAUUUUGUGUUCUAUUACUACAUUAAGUGUACCUAAUUUAAAAACUAAGUAAUUCUGUUUAAGUUUUAAAGUUCAACCAUUACACACAAAUUUAUAUCAGAAAAUAUUAAUUGUAUUAUUUUAACAUGAAUGUUUGAUGUUUAACUUCCGUAGCGACAUUAGUCACUUAUAAGGUUGUAUAUAAAUAAAUAGAUAAAUCUAUUUUUAGCUAUUAGCAAAUAAUAUAGAAUGUUGUAAAGUAUAAACAAGAAAAUGGCUUUUUUGCGUAAUGUCUUGUUCAAUAAAAAACUUACAAUUAUAUAAACUGUAGCGUAUACUCAAUUUUUGAUGUUGUAACUGUCUUUUAUUAUGAGAAAAUAAAUAUUGCAUAAUAAUGUUGCUGAAGUGUCCGUCGCGCUAUUGGUAAACUGCUUUUACACUAGAUUUUUGUAUCCGCUAUUUUGACUGUCCACAGUCCAUCCAAUUUUGAACAUUUAUAUCAAUUUUAUGCUGACGCUACUGCCGCUUCUAUUUAUAUUUAAAGCCUCUCAAUUGACAAUGAAAAUAGGUAUUGAUUUGUGAUAUUAUUCCUUUCGUAAAUUUUCAUAUAGAAAUUAGCAUAAAACAGUAACUAUAUGUAAUUAAUAGCCUUUGUAUUCCAUUAUAAAUGUAGAAUAAUUGGAAUUAAACCAUAUUUUUAAAGUGCACGUUUUAUGUUGUUAAUUAUUAAGAAUGUUGUAUGUAUGAAAUUAACACUCUGUGUAAAAAAUCUUAUGCAAAUAAGUACAUUGUAAAGGAUUAAUUUAGAAGUAAUUAAGAAUUCUUCUCUAAUGUGUGUUGUAAUAUCAUACUAUAGGUUGUCGUAGUACCUUCGAUCAUAAAUAAUAACAAGAUACACAAUCAGGGACGAAAAAUGUUCUCACCAAAUCUUCACCUUGGGUGAACUUUUGGUCCAUUGUAAAUCCGUCUUAACUCAUUCAAAUAAGGUUGGAUUUAUUUUGAUUUAUCAGCUAAGCCAGCUUAGGCCGUUACUUUUAGUACGUUUCGUACAAUACACCUAAAAUUAAUGUCCUUAAGAUCGAUUUUACUUUAACGUUUAUUUUGGCUUUAAUUUUGACAUUUAAUACAUUCAUGAACAUUUAGGAGGUACCUAACUGUUUUUAAUGAUCGAAGGCUUAUACUAAUUUAAUAAAUAAAUUCAAAUGUUGUAACUAUAAAUGAAUGCUCAAGUCAACUGAGUACAAUAGCGAUAGGUAGCAUAGCAUUAUUGUCGUAAAUAUAUGUGACUGUAUUAUAUUCAAAGUUCUAGUUACUUUACUAGAUAGACAGUUACUUUUAGGGCUUAUUUUAAACGGUCGGAAAAUGUUGUCAUUCCAUAAAAUAAUCCGAUUGUCUCAUUCUCAUGCUUUGAAGAAUAUUCGUUAACCUUUAGAACUUUCUUGUGAACUAUAAGAAUAAGCCCUCAUCGUAAGAAAUUUUUGUGAGUACAUAUUGUAAAAAUGUAAAAUUGUUUGUAACAAUAAACUCUUAUCAUAUAUUGUUGUUGUAUAAAAAUAAGAGAUGGUCUAUUAAUAUGAGAUAUAAAUUAAUGAAAAUAAUUUCUGUCAAAUUAUUCAUGCGUCGAUUGGCAACAAAAAUAAAUAACAGAAUAGUAUCGUUCUUAAUUAUGAGUGUACGACAACUAACUAAUAAUAUUGGAUUAAACAGAACUUAUGGCCAAGCCAUAUGUUUAUGUAUACGGUUGAUUUCCUUGCAACAUCGAAGAUUUUUGGCGGGAAUUUUAUUUUUGUUAUGUUAUGUCACAUUUCACGCGCUGCUGCUGCUGUUCGAGUAAUGUAAUAUGUAAUUCAUUAUAAUACUGCUCAUCCCCCCUGUGUCUAUGCUCAAUAAUUUUAUUAAACAACGAUUAACAGAAUCAUAACAAAAUUGUAAAUAGUAAAUAUCUUAUUGUUGAGUAUUGCUUCUUACCAACUGUCGUCGUUGAUCUUAUGAGCAUUAUAUAGCGAGACUUAUUUAUUUUUAAUUUAAUAGUACAUUAUAAGUCAAAGAUUGCUUCUCGUUUAUUUUUUAUUCGUUGGUAAGUUUUGUUUAAAUAGGUCAGAUUAUUUUUGGAUAUAAAUAUCCUGUUGUAAGUUAAUAAAUGUAAGUAUAUUAAUCAA